AUGAUUAUUUUAUUUUAUACAUAUAUAACAAUUGAUGUUUCCAAAUUCACCAAAAUCACUUUUCCUGUGAAUGAUAUAAUAAAUAACAUAUACUUCCUAUAAAAUUAUGGGAUCGAUUUAGGUAAAGGCACAUUCUCUAACAGGGUCAGACAACAAAACCAUUUAAUGAAUAGAUCGAUGAUUUUGUCCAUUUCCAUUUCCACAUUUUUACUGAUGAUUAUUGGCCUAUGUAAAAAGGGAAUCUAAAUGUAUUAAAUAAAAGAUAAUUGGGUACUUAUUAAGAAGGAGAAAAACUACCUUUAAAUUGAGAUUGGAGCUAUAUUAAAGAAAAGAAAAUUAAUUUAUAUUACAGAGAUAAAAUUUAUAUUGUAGUUAUUUCAGAUUGUGAUGGGGGAUUAACAAAGGUUGAAGGGUUUAAAUUGA